AUGUCGAUUAAUGAUAGCAAAUUUGAAGAUAAUAAUGACAAAUAUGAUGAGCUUGAAGAUAUAUCAAUUAACGACUUUGAAGAUAGUAACAAUGAUUUUGAAGAUAUUUUAAUCAAUAGUGACAACUUUGAAAGCAAAGCCAUUGUUUCAGUCAUGCCACAAUCUGAAUCUAAUCAUUUAGAUACCCAAAUACAAGAUGCUUUAAAAAUGUCAAGACUUUUAAAGCAUAAUGAGUUGAAAGUUUAUCAUUGUCAUGAUAGAAGUCACAGAGGACUCAAUGAACUCUGA